AUGGCCAUCGUGAUGUCGAAUUUCGGGCUAGUGUCGGAGGAUUUUGCUAGCGACAGAAGGGACUCUUUGUUAGACGUGGUAAUCUUGGCGCUUGGAACAUUGAUAAAUCUGACCGAAUGGAACGAGACUGCACGACAAUUGAUUUUGAAAACACCAAGUGGCUCGACAACGUUCCUUAACAGGUUGUUACAGCUAUUCAAGGACGGAUGGGAUAAAACUUCCGAGGCAGACUCCGUGGUGCAGACACACUCCAAUGUGGCGUUUGGUUAUUUAUCUGUGCUUCUGAGCACGGUGUCCCUCGACGACGAGGCGCGAUUACACCUCAGGAACUCCCUCGACGGGAGAAGUGUUGACCGCGUGCUGGCUACUGUUGACGAGUUUCUGCACUACCACCGGAAGGUUGAGAAGGAGCUGCAGGACGGGCAAGGCGAGCAUGAACCGGUGACCGGCUUCACGUGCAGGCUUCAGAGUAUCGUAGACCGGAUCAAGCAAGCGGAAGGGAUCUGUUGA